UGGACGGAGGUAGACCUGAGGACUCACCCAGGAUCCUCAAGGGAUACAGGAUGGUUAUGGCGCUCAUUGCUUUGGUGAUGGUGUUUUUCCAACUCUUCUGGCAAUCAGCUUCUGCAGAUUGUCCACUGUUCUCUGUGUCCCCCAAACAAGAGAUCUACAGGAGCGGAGAAUCCAUAAACCUCACGUGUUCAGCAGUAGGAAACCAUCGCAUGUCAAGGAUCCAGUUUACCAACAGCAAGUGGUUUCUCUAUUUCCCCGCUCUUCCACCAUCUAUGGCCAACUUCACCCAUGCCCUGAGGAUCUCUCCACAAGACAGUGGCAUGUUCUCCUGUAUAUACUAUGUUGAGGAACCUGGACAGGAGACCAUAUACCUGAAAAGCAAUGCUGUUAGGAUCUCAGUGUUGGAUCCUCUUCCUCCUCCAACACUGAGAGUGGAUUCUCCAUCCAGAGUAGUGAAAGAAGGAGAUUCUUUGCUCAUCACUUGCUCAACUGACAGGAACAACACGGAGAAGAAGUUCCAUUUCUACAAGGAUGAGGUUGAGAUGACCUCCAACCCUGAGGAGUCUCCAAAGCUCCCCAAAGAACCCGGAGACCCUUCACCAGAGGCCUCUGUAAGCAUCCUAAAAGCUGGGCCCAUUCACACGGGGGAAUUUGCCUGCAGAUACGAGGAAAAGAUGAGCAAUGGAUGGACAGUCUCUCCCUUGAGUCGGAAGGUGUAUCUCACAGUCUGGGCCCCAAGCCCUUGUGCCCCAUUGCCAUUGCCCUACGUCUGGAUGGCGAUCCCAUUUGCGACAGCCGUGGUCCCCGUGGCCUUGCUGGCUUUCUACUGUGGGAGAAAGAAAAAGGACGCACCAAAAGGCCUAGAAGAAUUUCAGCCAGAGGAACACAAGGAAGACGAUUAUUUUACAUAUGUUGAAAUGAGACAUCUUGAUAGUCCAUUUGACAGGGCUCAGACAUGGCAGCCGACAAGUUUCUCACCUCUUGCUGUGACACAACCGAAAUCCACAUCAAGGGUGGAGAAGGGACCAGACGCACCGGUGGGAGAGGAAGGAGAAGAGGGUCUGUACAAGAACAUCCCUUUCCAAAGACAAAGCACGCAACCAGAGACACUCUAGAGAAGAAAGAGGCUGCGAAGAGGAAGGUGCCACGUUCCUAACCAGAACCAGAUGUGAUGAUCCAGUGCUUACACAUGGAUUAAAUCUACACACUCUCUCUUUCUGUGGUGGGUGGUGUGCAGACUUUCAAAAUUAUGUUUGUGGGCUUUCCAAAGUUAUGUGGCUGGCCUCUUUGAGAAGAGAAUAUUGGACCAGGCAAGUCUGACUCUUCUUAGUUUUUAGUAAUUUUGAGACUCCCACACUUCCUUGUUUUGCUUUUCAUAGAAUCCUAGAAUUGGAAGAGACCUCAAGGGCCCUGAUCUGCCAU